UGAUCAGCUGUGUCCAAUCAUGGGACAUGUACACUGAUCAUCAGGGCACUGAUGAUCAGCGUACCCUGAUGAUCUGUGUAGCCCCAGCAGUGCCACUUGUCAGUGUCCAUCAGUGCCAGCUGUCAGUGCUCAUUCAUGCCACCUGCCAGUGCCCAUCAGUGCCACAUCAAUGCCACAUAUCAGUGCCCAUCUGAGCUGUCUUUCAGUGUCACCCAUCAGUCCCAGUCAGCGCCACCUAUCAGUGCUGCCAAUCAGUGCCACCUAUCAGUGCUGCCAGUCAGUGUCGCCUAUCAGUGCCAGUCAGUACCACCUAUCAGUGCCCGUCAGUGCUGUCUAUCAGUGCUGCCUAACAGUGCCAGUCAGUGCCGCCUAUCAGUGCCAGUCAGUGCUGCCUAUCCGUGCCACCUAUCAGUGCCAUAUAUUAGU